AUGAAUUUAUUUGUACUUUUUGUAAUCUACGUCAUAUUCAAUAUUGUCACAAUAUAAAUAUCUAAGUCAAAACUAAUAAUCAAAGUAGAUUAUGUUGUCAAAAUUUUGAAUAAAUAUUCACUUAAAUAUUAAAAAAAUGAAGAUCAAUAUAUAGAUUUCAUAUUAGAAUUACUUCAAUAUUUUAAUAAUUUGAUGAUUCAAUAAAAACUAAUUCAAUUUUAAAUAAUAAUUUGA